UCACGCCACUGCACUCCAGCCUGGGCAACAGAGCGAGACUCCGUCUCAGAAAAAAAAAAAAAAAAAGCAAUAGUUUGAAAUUGUAUGAAUAAUCAAAAUUAUUAAUAUAUAUGAGUAAUGGGUCAUGUUAAAACUUAGUCCCUAAUCUUCCACAGUCUACAGCAGUUUAUAUGGAAACACUGUCUCCUCUAAAAUCCACAGCCAGUUGUGGGGAGAUUUUGCCAUCCAAUGUUGCUGGGACCCUUCAAAACUAAAUGAAUGAGGGAAAUGAGUCACUCAUUCAAUUAUUCAUUGGAAGAAUCAGCUGAGUGCCCAAAUGUGCCAGGCACUAUGCUGAGCACUUUGGAUAAAAACUCUUAAGACCUGGCCAUGCCUAAUGAAGUACUCUUACUUGAACGGACAGAAAUCUGGAAGGAUCCUCCUGCUUAAAAGGUUAGGAAUGAUAAGCAAGAUGGGAAAUUACUUGAAUAUACCCAGAUAUGCAUACCCAGGGAGAAGUUAGCCACAAAAGGAGGGGUAGAUACAGAGAGGUAUAUAACUGGACACAAUUACAACAAAUUAGAUGACUCAACAAUAGAAACAGGAAAUGGGAACUAACCCUUUACCCCAUCUCCCCAGUUACAGCCACACAGGACAGAAAGGAGGGUGAGUCACACUGAGUAGUCUCGGUAGCCCAGCCUGGAUGAGGAUGCAUUGACUAAAAGAUCAGAACAUUUGCAGAACAAGAAGUAAGAAAUACCACAGAAUUGACACUCAACUGAGGAAUGGCCAGGCAUCAAAAUAAGCAAAUGGGAUCUGGAAAAGUGAGUGCAACUGAUAAAGUGGCCAAAUGUAGAGACUUGUAGGGAAAUAAAAUGUUUUAGAAAUUGAUUUAUUUCUUUAACUCUUAAAGAAGAAUUCUUCUCUCCACCCUUCUACCCCCAGGUGUCAAAAACUAAAAUGAAGUUUUGGAGCUAUUAUCUUUGUAUCAUUACUCUUCAAAUUAUAAUCAUAGUCACAGUAUUAUACAAUGUGCAUGUAAGUCAACCAGACAGUGAUCAUAUGGAUGACGUAGGUGGUGAAUAUCAAGCCCUUUCCCGACUGCACAUCUGUGACGCAGCCCGAAAUGGGAAGACGGUGCAAGUGUUGCCUAGUGCUUUAUCCACAACGUUUGGAAUAGAUUCUUGUCCUUACUAUGUGCUAGAGAACCACUAUAUCACAACUCCUUUGUCCACAGAAGAAGCUGCAUUCCCUUUGGCAUAUGUAAUGACCAUCAGUCAAGAUUUCGAUACGUUUGAAUGGCUUUUCUGGGCUAUUUACAUGCCUCAAAAUGUCUACUGUAUUCACGUUGAUAAGGCGGCCACUAUUGACUUUAAAAUUGCUGUGAGUGAAUUAUUGGAGUGCUUCUCAAAUGCAUUUAUAUCCUCACAGUCUGAGUAUAUUAUUUAUGGUGGAAAAUCCAGGCUCCAGGCGGACGUGGCCUGCAUGAGAGAUCUUAUAGCAUCAACUGUUCAGUGGAGAUAUGUCACUAACACUGGUGAUCACAAUUUCCCCCUAAAAACCAACAGGGAGAUAGUUCAGUAUUUGAAAACAAUGAAUUAGACAAACAUUACACCUAAUUUAGUGUCUGUUCUGAAAUCUACUGAAAUGAUCAAAUAUACCCAUAGAGAGUACAGAACCAGAGCACACGCUUUUGUCCUAAAGAAGCAUAAAAAGAAGAGCCCACCUCCACGUCAACUCAAAAUCCACUUUGGCUCAACUUACGUUGCCCUUACAAGGGAAUUUGUCCAUUUUGCUCUUUAUAAUAAAAUAGCCAUUGAGUUACUCCAGUGGUCUCAAGAUACCUACAGUCCAGAUGAACAUUUCUGGAUUACACUCAACAAUAUUCCAGUUGAGUGUGGUUUCCUUUCUCAUUGCUUUUUUGUUAAUUUUUUUUUCUUUUUGAGAUAAAGUCUCCCUCCAUCACCCAGGCUGGAGUGCAGUGGAAUGAUCUCAGCUCACUGCAACCUCCGCCUCCCGGGUUCAAGUGAUUCUUCUGCCUCACCCUCCCAAGUAGCUGGCAUUACAAGCGUGUGCCAUCACACCAGGCUAAUUUUUGCAAUUUUAGUAGAGAUGGGGUUUCUUCACGUUGGCCAGGCUGGUCUCAAACUCCUGGGCUCACAUGAUCCACCUGCCUCGUCCUCCCAAAGUGCCGGGAUUACAGGCAUGAGCCUGUAAUUUUUAUUUUUCAAUCAAGGUGAUGUAUAAUUAUGAUUUUUAAAAUCAAAUAUUAUUAAAAGCCUUCUUAUAAUAAAGAUUUAUGGCCUUAUGCCCUGCUCCUCCCCAUGUGCAGUCCCAAUUCACAAAAAAAACUGUCAUAUUUUAGCUGUUCCUCCUAAUGGUGACUUCUAUGCAAAGAACAUGCUUAUGCUGCCAUUUCUUGAUACAUUAAUUUUAAUAUUAAGUAGCAAUAUCCUGUUAUAGUGGUUAAGAAUGCUUAUAUCCUCUACCCACAAAUUUUCCUUAUCUCUUUUAAUAUUGUGAUUUUAAAUCAAUUGUCAAUAUUUACAUGAUCAUAACUAUGAAGCUAUUGUUCAUAGCUGCCAAGGACUCUACAUUUUGUUUUUCCUGAGGUUUAUGAUUGCCUCAGGUUUUUUUCUUCUGUUACUUCUUAUAUAUACUUAUCACUAAUUAUUUCAAAAUGCUUAAUCUCAUCGGUAAAGUAACUAUGAUUAUUUUCCAAUUGUCCACCUCUUUUUGUUGUUGUUGUUUUUUGAGACAGAGUCUCAUUUUGUCACCCAGGCUGCAGUGCAGUGGUGCAAUCUCUGCUCAUUGCAACCUCUGCCUCCCAGGCUCAAGCGAGUCUCGUGCCUCAGCCUCCUGAGUAGCUGGGACUACAGGCAUGUGCCACCAUGCCUGGCUGAUUUUUGUACUUUUAGUAGAGAUAGGGUUUCACCAUGUCAUCCAGGCUGAUCUCAAACUUCUGGGCUCAAGUCAUCCACCGGCCUCAGCCUCAUGAAGGUGUGAGCCACUGCACCCAGCCAUGUUCCACUCCUUAUGCCCUCCCAGUCUGGCUUCUUCUGACCUCCCAAUCUGGACAUUGUCUCUAUGGGCCUGUUGUCUGCGUUUAUCUUACCUGGAAACUCUCUUCCUUGUUAUGAUGUUGAAUCUUACAUUCCAUAGAAUCUACAUUAUCUAUCUUUUAUAUCUAUCUUUAUCUAUCUUUGCAUAUUUAAGAAUUAAAUAAUACGAAUUCACACAUGUGCUUCAAAAUAACCUGAGGGUAGAUGGGGAAGUGAAUCAUGAUUAGUUUAUAAUUAUUGAUACUGGAUGAUAGGUAUGUCAGAGUUAAUUAUUGCUCUACAAUUUUCGUGUGUUUAAAAUCUUCUAUAGUAAAAAGAAUUUAAAACCUUAAUAGCUGUUUCAUUUUUUGAAGUUAUU